UUGACACAAAAAACGAAAUUAUGAGAUGUCUAGAUUUAGAUUGAGUUAACUGCAUUGAGUAACAACUUGUCCGCCCAACCCAAGACAUUGAUUUUGGUUCAUGGGCUUAAAGUCAAGUCCUCCAAAACAUUUAGUGGGUUUCAAGCUCCAAAACCCAGUGCCCAUACAUUUUUGGCAUUGCUUUAUAGUUGUUGAUAUGAUGGAGUGGAUUCUAUUAGUACUAAUGGCAACUAAAGCAUUGCCAUCUUUGGCAAUGUGGACCCGUUACAAUAUUGCGCCUUCCUCUAGUUGCGAUCUCGAUUGGGAACCCAUUGAUCAGUCCAAAAUGAAUCGGUCCAACCUAUUAGUAAUUGCGGGAUUAUGCUCUAUACCUGAGAACCAACCCAAAUAUGUUGGUGUCAAAUGUAAUGAAGCUGGAUCAGUAUGUGAGCGGAUUUCACAUCCAAAAAGUAUUGCAAGAUGUUUGGAAAAGCCGAGGACAGAUAAUUUUACAAUAUAUUUGAGGAGCACUGUUGUAAUUAAUUAUCAACCAGAGCUGACUGUGGUUGAAUUGCAACACGGCAAACUCUUCUCAGCGUCAGUCCCAGGAGUUGAUCCAAUCACGAUCCCUGUUAUCUCCAAGUCAUCCCUGCAAAUCCAAAUGGGCCAGGCCUUGGUGGUUUGUUUGGAAACCGCCCUGGUUUGCAACAUUUGGCACCAAAGCACUAACCAAUGGACAUCCUUGCCUCCCAUGACCACACGCCAUCAAGAGGGUACACUGAGCCUUUUAGAGGGUCAGCCAAUUGCUAUUGGAGGACGCCAUUCAUCAACUGUCGAUCACGGAGUUGUGGAGAUCCUGAACAUGCAAAGCAACCAAUGGGAGCAAGGACCCACGCUGAAUCCUGCUCGGAGGUCUCAUUCCACAGUGGUCGUGAACCAAAGUACUGUGGUGGUCGUUGGAGGGUAUAGCGAACAAUCAGCCACUCUCAACUCCGUCAUGAUCCUACACUCAGAGGAUAUGAAUUGGCGGCUACUGCCAAAUUACCCUCAACCGGUCUACGCUGCGGUUUGUGGUCUUGUGGAGGUCAACGUGAUCGUCUGCUUUGGAGGAUCCACACAGACCAGUGACUCUUAUGCCUUAAAUCUCUCCCAACUCCAUGCAGGAUGGAAAAGGGCUCCGCAAUAUGACUUUCACACGUCUCUUGUGUAUGGGGUCAUCUUACGCUUGAGACAAAAUCUGUUCUGUAUGUCGCGUAUGAUUGCACCCGCACAAUCCUUCGCACAGGUGAUGAAAAUGGAUUUGACCGGGAGCAACCCCAAAUGGAAAGUAGUGGAGGAGUUUGCAAGCGGUAUGUUUGAUUUCUUUGGAUUGUAUGUCACUGAGGGUUUCACCAUCAAACCCUGAAGGCAAAUUCUGUUCAAUGUUUGUUAUGGCCAGUGAGUCUUGCAAUGGCCAAUACGGAAUAAAAAACUAACAUGAAUCUUAAUUUGAUGCUAAAAAGUCUAUGAGAUUCCUCACUCUGGAAAGCUUCCAGAGCAUUCCAGAGCAACAGCACCCAGUUGUUCAUGGGUGGAACAUUUCCGUUCAGUGUGACCAAAUCGCUUGAGUGUAGACACAUCUUC